AUGAGAAGCGCAAGUGCGCUUUCCAUCAACGGCUGCAUCGCCACUUACCAUCAGUUCACAAUCCUUGGUUUCGUUAGUAAAAAAAAUGAUGGAAAUACUUUAGAGACCAAUACCACAUCAACGAAAGAUGAACAUGUCGUUGUCGUAUCUAAUUCGAUAAGUAAAUUAACAACCAACAUGUCCAAUAGGAGAAUUGGUAAAAAUGGGAAUCAAUUGAAGAUAACAAAUAUGUUUCCUGUAAAAAGAAGUAGGAGUGAUUCUGAUGAAGUGGAAGAGUAUGCGCUGAAAAAAAUGAAAUCUGAUAUUGUUAAUAAGACUGAAGACGGUGAUAAAAUUAAAAAUGACGAAAAUGAAGUUAAGAAAAAUGUUCAAAAGAGUGAUAUUAUGAUAAAUAUGGAAAAAGAAACCGAAGCAUUUAAGCAAUCGGAAGAUGUUUCUAAAUGUGAAGAUAAUGUAAAUUUAUUAGAUAAAGAGGAUAAUGUUCUAUCAAGUUUGAAUGAUAAAGAAAAGCCAAUAGUGAACAAUGGGGAAAGGAAACUUCUGCCUAUUGUAUCUCCUGACAAUGAAAAAUGUGAAAUUUGUGGUCAAUUUUUAAAUAAUUCUGAUAUAAUUUACUAUCAAGGGCAUCCACAAAAUGCUGUGGAAGAAUUUAUAGCAUUGACCAAUGAAAAAUUGUUAUUGGCAUCUGGUGACGAUGGUGAUAUAAUGGAAAGACCUCAAACAAACAUUACGGCUUCUGUAUAUUUGACCAACAUGGUCACCUUUGCCCAAUUGACGGAGGCCUUGUUGAAAGUGAUG